AUGCAGACGAGCAGAGUGACGUCCAAAAGUGCCACAGAUACCAGUGUAACAUCCAGAACCGACAAUACCCGCGCAGAGCGUGACCUCCACUACAGGACCUUGAAGCUGUUGCAUAAGCUACCAGUGUUGCCGAGUGAACAAAUCCAAGUAUGUUUCCAUCGAUUACUGGAGAGUGAUGAAGACCAGGACAAAAUGAUCAACCAUAUAAAAGAAGUAAUCUAUCGUGCAAGAGAAGACAUGAUCCAGGACACAGCAUUCAUACUGUUCAAUAAAUGGAAGAAGGAACAAGAAGAUCACAAGGAAGCAGAACAAGAAGAUCACAAGGAAGAAGAACAAGAAGAGGCUAUUAUCAGUUAG